GGAAAGUCCAUCGGCCAUGUGACUCUGGAUCCAGACACGGCCCAUCCUUUGCUCGUUGUGUGUGAUGAUCAGAAGAGUGUGAUGUGGAGAGGAGAAAAGCAGGACCUGCCUAAGAACCCGGAGAGAUUUGAAAAGAUGUUCUGUGUGCUGGGCUGUGAACGUUUCACUUCGGGGAGACAUUGUUGGGAGGUGGAGGUGGAGGCGGGGUGGAAAGAAACCAUGUGGGCUGUUGGAGUUGCCAAAGAGUCUGUGCAAAGGAAGGGAGUUGUUGGCUUCUGUCCCAAGAAGGGCUUCUGGGCUGUGGGGAAGGAUUUCAGUGUCUCAGUCUUUCCUGGUCAAUUCUGGGCUUUUAGAUCCUCAAAGCCAAACCUUUUAAAACUAAGAUGGUUCUGGGAAACCCCUUUGACCUUGAGUCGUGAGCCCAGGAAGAUCCGCGUGUCAUUGGACUACGAAGAGGGUUGUGUGAAAUUUUUUGAUGCUGAUACAAAUGAAUCGGUCUUCACUUUCACUUCAGCCUCCUUCUCUGGAGAAGAAGUCCGGCCCUUUUUCUGGCUGAAUGCAGGAGUUGUUUUGAAGUGUUGA